CAGUAUAUAGACUCGUGCACGAUGUCGAAGCAGAAGCAGCGGGAGAUUUUAUUCCAUCAGUCGGAGCUCUGCAGAGAGAUGGCAAACAACACUACGGCACCUGUCGAGCUACACUGCCCGCUGGUGUUCGAUAGUCUAGUAUGCUGGAACUACACGCAGGCGGGGACAACGGCGAUCGUACCUUGCCCAGCCUACGUCGUCGGAUUUGACAGUUCAGGUUUUGCUACGCGAACGUGUGAGGAGGACGGCACAUGGUAUUUUAACACGAAUCAUAAUAAAACGUGGAGUAACUAUACGGACUGCAUGGCCAAAUUCAACAUUGAGGAUUCAAAAGAAGUUCGUCUUAUAUUGCCAUAUAUGCCUAAGUUAAAGCUGAUGGAGUGUAUUGGUUAUGGUAUAUCGCUUGCAACCCUCUCGAUAGCGGUCAUCAUUCUACUCGCAUUCAAGCGUCUGCAUUGUCCGAGAAACUCAUUACACGUUCACUUGUUCGUGUCGUUCAUCCUCCGAGCAAGCCUAUCCAUUCUUAAGGACACGUUGUUCAUUGAUGGCCUUGGCCUCAAAAUGGAUGUCGUGUUCGUAGCUGACAAGCCGCCCGUGUUUCGGACCGACAUUUCGCAUUGGCAAUGUAAGCUGCUGGUGACAGUGUGGCACUACUGCCUGAUGGCUAACUACUUCUGGAUCCUGAUGGAAGGCCUCUACCUGCAUAGUCUCAUCCUCAUGAAUGUGUUCACAGAGCGGUCGGGGAUCCGCUGGUAUACGAUUCUCGGCUGGGCUGGUCCCUUGUUCUCCAUCGUGCCGUGGAUAAUCGUGAAAUCGCAAUUAGCAUCGGAGAAUCUUGAGUGUUGGAACAUUAACCAUAAUGCUACAUUCUUUUGGAUCAUACGAGGUCCUAUAACAGCUUCCAUAUUGAUCAACUUCGUUUUCUUUCUCAACAUUAUACGAGUGCUGUACACGAAGUUGAGGGAUUCCAACACGGCGAACGUGAGAAAAUACAGGUAUAGAAAACUGGCGAAGUCGACGCUCGUUCUCGUGCCACUAUUUGGCGCCCACUACUUCAUAUUCAUCGGAAUGACUAGCGUGAAGAAUGAAGUGCUGGAACUAACAUGGCUGUUCUUCGACUUAUUCUUUUGCGCGUUCCAAGGGCUGUUUGUAUCGCUUUUGUUUUGCUUCUUCAACGGAGAGGUUCGAGGGGAAAUCAAGAAGCGCUGGCUGCGCUACCGACUACGGCGCGGCUUUCACGACCACGGCGGCUCGUUCGGCACAGCGCUGUCCUACAUGGGCCGAGCCUCGAAUAGAAACUCGAUGACGUUGUCGCGCUGCGGCAGCAGCAGUCUCAACGGCAUCAUCCCCUACAACGGCGCAGGCGGCGGUGGUGGUCAGAAGAACCCGCGCGUCCGCGACAGUCCGAAGGCGAGGCGGGAGGUCGCCGAGCUGGUCACCGUAGAGGCGACGAUCGACUGCAGCAUUGACGUCAGCCGACCGAUGAUAACGAAAGGUGGCGACACGGUGCGGCCGCUGCAGCAGCCGGAGAGCUGCGUGUGACUGCUGCGCAUGCGCGGCCGCGAUCCUGGAUGGCGUGGGAUGUACACUCAAAGCGCCGGCAGCGGCGACGGCGGUGGUGUAGACGUUGGCGGUGCGGCGCCAUGUUGGGACCCAUUGUCCGGCACAAUAUAAAUAUUUACGACUGUCGCAUGUGUCAAACCCCGUGACGCGUGCACGGCCGUAUCGCCAUCAAGCGUUAUGUCAUUUUAGAAUUGCGAUGCCAUCAUCGCGUGUGGCGUUUCUGUCAACGGACCCCUGAACCAUGCGCGACCCCUACUGUUCGGUGCUGUCUCGAAAUGCCGCAAGUACCGCUGACAGGUGUUUGUAAACAAGAUGAAUUCCGCGUUCGCGACGUACUGGUUUGGCGCGGGGCAACGGACUGCCUAUUUUUAUACCAAAGAGCUAAUGAGCUGGAAGCGAAGCACAGCGUCGAGUGACGAGCAGACCGGCGGGUCGUACUCACCUACGGUUACCCGAACGCUUGCGGUUACAGCGCAAUUUACACCUCGUUAGAAACGCGCCUCCCCCAUGGCAUCUAUCCGAGCUCUCGACCAUCUUGUGAAUGACUCCAUAACUUAUAUCCGUAACUGUAUUCAUGAGCGUGAGACGCGUGCGCGUGUAUAUAUAUAAAUACAUAAAUGUUGAGACGAGCCCCCAGUGUCGGCGUGCAUCUGUGCAAGAUCACCGUGAAGGCAAGCGAGGCUAGCGUGCUCUAGUGCACGCUGGUUUCUUUAGCCGCUGGUAUACGAGAAAGUGCGCGGGUUUAUCUCAGACUUCUAGUAACGCAAGACGCGAUUUGUGGAUGUUUGGUCGACGUUUUAAACCGAUAAGAUCGUAGCUGCAGG